AUGGUAACUUUGAAUACAGACGAAAAAUUUAGUAGAGUGAGGAGAAAUUUCUGUUUUUAUUUGGAUAUUCAAGACCAUGGUUUGUCUAGAGCCAUGAGUCGCAGAAUUGAAGACUUGGGUUUGCAGCAAGAAUUAUUUCUGACGUCUCGCGUGACGCACGUUGUGCGCGAUCGGGUGACAGAGACUAGCAGUGCGGGGGGCGCAGGAGUCGCGGGCCCCGCGCGAUGGGCGCGACGUGAGGGGCGCGCGCGCGCCGAUGCCAUGCUGGAGCGCGUGCGGCCAGACCCGCCACACCACACACCCAACAACAAAUACAUACAGAUCUCUGUCCACAAGGCUAUAUGUCUAUUGGAUAAACUGUAUGAUACAUUCUUCACGCCGCCGCGCGUAGCGCAUAUCACGUACUUCACUAAACAUUUUAUCAAGAUUGAAUUUUUGGACAAGUUGUGCAGACCUAUUUACAAGGAAUUUGAUGAAUGGCCAGAGAUAUCAUUAGAACCAGACCCUCCAAGAGAAAAGAAGAAAGAAACACCAGAGAAAAUUGUUGCCAAUAAUCCAAAAGAUAUUGCCAUACAAAAAAUGACGCGUAAAAGUCGUCCAAGAAUCAAGGAGAAGGAAGAAAAAGAGGCAAAGGGUGGCUACUGUGAGAUGUGCAACGCAGACUACGAAGACGCGACACUACACCGGCGCUCCCCGCACCACCUCGCCUUCGUGCGCAACCACACCAACUUCCUCGCGCUGGAUUCGCUCAUCGGCGCUGGCACUGAUGUCGCCACUUUCCUUGACAAAGCCACACCCAUCAACGGUGAACGGCGUUCGCUAAGAAAAGUGUGCAACGGUGACAGCGACCCACCCAAAAGCAAACGGUCGAAACGAUCCCAGUCUCCAGACUCCACAGUCAAUGGUAACCUCAGUCCAAGGCGUAACGGACUCGUAGAAGAUGAGAAAAAACAUAAUACCCGGUGCAGUAAACGAGCCAGUGAAGCAGCCACUGAAGACCGACAGUACUACAAAGUAGUGGGUGUCAGCACGAAGCUAAGGUCGAGUGGCGGGUUCUCAAAUAAAAGGAAAGAUUCGUCGCCCUCGUGUAACGGCACUAAACCCCUAGUCGUUAAGUUCAGAAAAGUACGGCGCUCAGAGUUAUCUGUGCUCAGUGAUGAAGCGGAACAGUUCAUGUUUCCAAAACGCGCCAGUUCCACUAGUUCUACAUCUUCCGACGAUGAUGACAAAGAACUGAGUUCGCGAAGAAAAUCUACGCCGCCGCCACCACCACCACCACCCGUCGAAAGGCGGAGACAAGCGCGGCCACUCGCACUGAAGGAAGAGUCUUCUGAGGAAGACAGCUGGCCCGAAGAUAAGCGAAGGCGAAAAAAAAGAACGCCUGCUGUCACUAAACGAGCGCGCCGGGUGCCUUGCAAAGCACCGAGCACAGAACCACCUCCUGAGCCUCCCGAGGUUGUGGAAGAAAUAGUGCCUGCAGAGCCUCCUGCACCACCCGACGGCGAAGUAAGUCCUUUGAGAGAAGAACCUGUCGAGCGAUGUAUGAAGUGGGAAGAUGGAAAGCUAAAGUACACCCCAGCUGUAGAGCAAUUGGAAUUUGCCUUUGAAUCUGUGCCACAUAGUGAGCCUUGGUUUGAAACAUUUAAAAGACAAGAUGAGGACAAGGCGCUUGCUAAGAAUAUACCUCAAUUUUUUGCAUUAUAUUCAAAAUCGCCAAAGUUACCAUAUGAAAUUGGUCAGUUACCACCUUUGAAGCCAAAUUGCUGUCCACUAAGUGACUUGGUAAAACGAGAAGAUAAGCCAGGACCGUCACGGUCUUACGGAACGCGAGGGAUGAAGAAACAGAAAAUCAGAAAAAGAACGGCCGCACUGCUAGCGCUAGAGGGGCACCCUCGGAAAUCCCCCCGCGAACAUGCAUCUACCCUGGCCAUUCUAGGCUCGGCUGGUUUGGUGCACCGGCGGAGACAUGCUGAUGAUAACAAGUCCACCGCGUCGGAAGACACGAUCAGCGACACGCACAGUAAUGCCAAAAUUGAUGCUGUAAUGUCUGAAACUCAAGAGGCAUCUGAGAGGUUACAACAAUUUUUAUCUGAAGUGUUCGAGGACGCGGCGGAUUACGACGUUUCUGACGAAGUGAUGGACGGUGAACCGGCUGUCACCACGUCAACUAACAUGCUCGACGUGUCCAGUAUGGUGUCCGAGUGUGAGAACUGCGAUCUGAUUAGAAAUGAAAUCAAAGAGGCAACCGACCGGCCUAAAGGCAGACGCGGCAAAUUUAAAAAGAAGAAUAGAACGGGCUGGCCUAAUAAAAAGAAGCAUACUAAGAAGAGUUCCAGGACAAGCAGUGUAGAGUCUGAAAACAAAUUAGACAGCAGUUUAGAUCGGUCGUCAGCAGAGCCCCCAGAUGACGAUACCACACAGGACACGAUCAGCGAGGAAGAUACUAAUUUAUCUGAGACUGAAAAAGAAGACAGAACUAUAUUAGAAAAAUCCAAAUCAGAGUUUGACUCGAAAGAUAAAACUCUGACAGAGGACUCUGUAACUGAGAAAUGUGAACCAAUGGACAUAUCUGACAGCAAAGACAAGACUAUACAGGACUUAAAGAUAUCAGAAGAAAAAUCUAAGGAUGAGAAAGAGGAACGAAAACUACGUUCAGAGACUGAUGAUAAGGAUAUUAAGAAGAGAAAACGGGCGUUGCACGGGCUGGGCGACUGGAUGCAACCAGUAGUGCGCGUAGCCCGAGUGGACCCGGGCGCGGCGCGCCGUCUGCGGUCAGCGGCGCGGCCGCGGUCCAACCGGUACAGAUAG